AUGCACCUUUCCCUCCUCUUCACGGCUGGUGUCGCCGUGGCCGCGCCGUCCUUCAACCGUCGUCGCGCCACCGCUCACAAUGAAACGAUCACCAACAUCCAGGUCGGGCCUCGUCCCUUUUACCUGGUGGACGACAUGGACGCGAGUCCCCUGAAGGAGGAGUUGCAAGGCUGCUCGGAGAAGCCCAUCCGACACGCACCCAGCUUCACCAUCUCGCACCGCGGCGGGCCCCUGCAGAUCCCCGAGCACAGCCGCCAGGGUAUGUUGGCCGGCGCCCGCAUGGGGGCCGGCAUCGUCGAGUGCGACGUCGCCUUCACCAAGGACCGCCAGCUCGUCUGUCGCCACUCGCAGUGCGAUCUGCACACCACCACCAACAUCCUCACCAUCCCCGAGCUGGCCGCCAAGUGCUCUACCCCGUUCGAGCCGGCCACCGACGACCAGCCCGCCCAGGCCCGCUGCUGCACCUCCGACAUCACGCUGGCCGAGUUCAAGUCGCUCUGCGCGAAGAUGGACUCCAGCAACGCCUCUGCCACCACGCCGGAGGACUACCAGUACGGCGGACCUGCCUGGCGCACCGAGCUGUACGACCAGUGCGCUACCCCUGUUGAGCACAACGAGUACAUCGACCUGAUCGACUCCCUGGGUCUGCAGUUCUCGCCUGAGCUGAAGGAGCCUCAGGUCGAGAUGCCCUUCCAGGGCAACUACACCCAAUCCAUGUACGCCCAGCAACUGAUCGACGACUACAAGCGCAAGGGCAUCCACCCGUCGCGCGUGUGGCCGCAGUCCUUCGUCGAGGACGACAUCUUCUACUGGAUCAAACAUGAGCCCGCGUUCGGUCGCCAGAGCAUCUACCUGGACGAGCGCAUCGACACCGAGGAAGGAUACGCCAAGGCCGUGGCUAGUCUGCCGGAGUUGGCCAAGAAGGGCGUCAAGAUCAUGGCGCCGCCUAUCUUCGCGCUGCUGAACGCCACCGACGACGGCGAGCUGGUGCCCUCGAAGUAUGCGGAGGCUGCGCGCGACGCCGGUCUCGAUCUCAUCACCUGGUCGUUGGAGCGGUCGGGUCCGUUGAAGGCGGCGGCGGCCGAUAAGGAGUAUUACGUGCAGUCGAUUGCGGACGCGAUCAGCAAGGACGGCGAUAUGUAUCGCAUCGUGGAUGCGUUGGCGCGCAAGGUCGGCGUUAGGGGUAUCUUCUCGGAUUGGCCGGCCACGGUGACUUACUAUGCUAACUGCGUGGGAUUGGCCUAG